AUGAACAAACAAGACUACUUUGAACUUGCUCCUAUUGACCCCGAGAUUGAACGUACUUUCAGAAAAAGGAGAAAGGCUCAAAAGGCUAAAAGUCGAGGCACUGUGGCUAAACAUGUUGAUGACGAAGGGGAUGCCCAGAAUGUAAUUAAUCCUAUUGUUUUGGCGGAUGAUAGAGCCAGAGCAAUACGGGAAUACGCUGCCCCCAUGUUUAAUGAGCUCAAUCCAGGCAUUGUGAGGCCCGAAAUACAAGCACCUCAGUUUGAGCUCAAGGCGGUUAUGUUUCAAAUGCUCCAAACCGUGGGGCAGUUUAGUGGGAUGCCAAUGGAAGAUCCUCAUCUCCACCUUCGUUCAUUUUUGGAGGUGAGCGAUUCUUUUAAGCUUCAAGGAGUAAGUGAAGAGGCGUUAAGGCUGAAGUUAUUCCUGUUCUCUUUAAGGGACAGAGCUAGAUCAUGGCUCAACACCCUUCCUCCCGAUUCCAUUACAAAUUGGAAUGACUUGGCUGAGAAAUUUCUAAGAAAAUACUUCCCUCCCACCAGAAAUGCAAAGUUCAGAAGCGAAAUUAUGUCUUUUCAGCAGCUUGAAGACGAGUCCACUAGUGAUGCGUGGGAAAGAUUUAAAGAGCUUUUGAGAAAAUGUCCACACCACGGCAUACCACAUUGUAUACAAAUGGAGACGUUCUACAAUGGUCUCAAUGCAGCCUCUCGGAUGGUAUUAGAUGCCUCAGCCAAUGGUGCCAUUCUUUCCAAGUCUUACAACGAAGCAUUUGAAAUUUUGGAAAGAAUUGCAAGCAACAAUUAUCAAUGGUCCAACACUAUAGCUCCUACAAGUAGAAAGGUGGCGGGAGUUCUUGAAGUAGAUGCCUUAACGACUUUAACAGCUCAAAUGACCUCAAUGACCAACAUUUUAAAGAAUCUGAGUUUGGGAGGAAACAUUCAGCCAGCUGCUGCCAUUCAAAGUGGAGACAUCUCAUGUGUUUAUUGUGGAGAUGGGCACACGUUUGAGAACUGUCCUUCAAAUCCAGCUGCGGUUUGUUAUGUGGGUAACCAGAAUUUCAAUCGCAACAACAACCCAUACUCAAAUUCUUAUAACCCAGCGUGGAGGCAGCAUCUGAAUCUGUCAUGGGGGGGUCAAGGAGCAAGUUCAAGUGGAGCGCCAGCACAAGGGAAACAGUCAGUUUCGCCAGGUUUUUCUCAAUAG